AUAUACAUGUGACGACGGGGUGGUCUUCCCCUCUGCCCCCUUUCACUAAAACUAAUGAACGUGACCUUCAUUACUACCAGUUAUAGAGAGUAUACCAACAAAGAUUGGAAGAUAAUACUCGUCAUAUGGAAGUUGUCUAUUGUAACACUUUUUCAAACGUUUGGAUGUCUGAGAACAAUGUCGAAAUUAAAUUAAUCAGUACAAAAAUUCUGAAGCCUUCAAAAUGCAUGGUAUGUGUUCGUCCAGCACAUGGCUAUCAUUGUGACGUGGCAACUUGCAAGGGGUGUAAGACAUUUUUCCGUCGAAUGUGCUUGUUGAGGGGUGAAAUUAAAUGCAGCACGAGCGGUGAUUGUUAUGAUUUGGAAAAGCGAAACUCUCCUUUGCUCCGCUGCCGCCCAUGUAGAUUCAAAAGAUGCCUUUUAGUCGGAAUGAAUCCAAAAGCUUUGAUAAUUGACGGAUCGAACAUUCUCGGCGAGAAACAAGUACAUUUCAAUGAACAACAAAUUCAAGGAACAAUUGACGUGCUCAGUCACUUGGAAGCAAAAACCGAACAAUUCAGCAAGUGUGCUUAUAAUCCGGACUGGACAAAUAUCAGAUUGAAAGAUUUGAUACUGUCACCUAGCAAGCUUAGUAUGUCAGAUAAAGUUGGGACGUUCCCAGAUUGGCCAUUAUGUCCAAAUUACGAAUUUCCUGAUCAGAUUGUGCAUAGGGAUAUUCAGAGUUUUUCACCACACAGAAAACAAUGGCGAUUUUCAAAUCUAAUGACCGCUGUAGAGUACACCAAAACUUUUUCCUUCUUCCAUGAUCUCAGCUUUCAAGACCAGAUUAACUUAUUAAAACAUGUGGUGAUAGGAUUGGCAAAUUUCAAUACGACUUACUAUACGCUUAAAAACAAAUUUGACGAUUUGCGCCAGCCGGAUGGGACACAGAGACCUGGUGUGAAUGAACCCCAUUAUUGCGCCCAUACUGUGCCGUUUGGACCUAUGAAGCGGAUCAAAAUUCAAUUCAAUGAGUUUUUGCUGUUGAAAAUUCUGUUUGUUUGUAACCCAGCGGUUCCAAAUCUUUCAAAACAUGCACAAUUCGUCAUUGAGAAAGAACGCCACCAUUAUUCAAAUAUUCUACUGAAAUACUGCCUACAAAACUACAGCUAUGGCCCAACAAGAUUUGUGGAGUUGAUCGAGAUUUUUGGAGUACUUCACAGACAACAAAAGCUUAUGAAUGAUCUCUAUAUUUAUGUUUUGUCUCCACUUUUAUUAAAACUUCCAAAGGAAUUCAGUGUACCGUUAAUUGAGGAAAUCGUUUUAUUAUACGCAUUAUCAUAAUUAAAGUUAUUUGUUUCACAAAAUUACACAAUCAUAAUAACUUUUACAUACUGAAAACGAGACGAGGGGACGAUAACUCAAAUAAAGAACGAAAAAUAAAUGUUAUUACAAA